AUGAAGGUCAUCUCUCUUGACGCGGACGAAUUGUUCAGUGGAUUGGUGAAGUCCUGUCUGGGUCAUAUGGUCGAUUCUCGCCACUAUCUCGUUUCCAUUCCUGAUUAUGAUAUCAGAGAUCAUGAUUAUGUCACAUACUUCGUCCAAGUUAGGGCUUUGUCUAACGAAUCGUUAAAACUAUCGCGCGGCAUUAAGUCAUGGUGUGUUUCGCGACGAUUCUCGGAGUUUUAUCGUCUACGAAGCAUGUUGGAGCGCAGACUGCCUACUUGUCUGAUUCCAUCCCUUCCUAGCAGGCAGGACGGGGCAAACAAAGGGUGGUAUAAGAUCGCGUCAAUCAUUGGGACCAGAGAUGUUUGUCACGGUUCUCUGGACACCAUCCCUGGAGCCUUGGUUGGAAGGCGUUUUGAUACUGAUUUGAUUGAUUCGCGUCGGCAGAUCCUAGAAGCCUUUUUGAAUCGUUGCCUAUUACAUCCCAGAAUAGGUCGUUCCACACUUCUGCAUUCAUUUCUUCACGACUGCGAUGAUUGGGUUGGAUAUCAACAAAGCCACGACAACGAUUUAAUGAACGGGAAGAAUGUGGAUGAAAACUGUGAAGAAAAAGUGCAGAGCCCUGAUGAGGUCGUAGCAACUCCUGUGAUUCCUGCGUGUGAAGCUAGUAACCUGCCCGAACUACUCCAGCAGAGGUCUCAGGAUCUUCUAAGUUCGGUUAAACGAUUUGUCGACUUAAGGAAACAAAUUGGCAGGAGGCGAAGUACACUUAAUCAGUUGUACAAGCAGGCAGCUGAUGCACUUCAUCGUUGGUGCCCCUUUGAAGAGCAGGAUUUACCUAUAUCCGAUUCUACUCAGGUGCACUUUGUCCCGGUAUAUUCCAAGAUAAAUUGUUUUCAUGUGACGCUGCAGACCCUGGCUCAUAUUCUCGACAGUUAUUAUGAACUACUGGCGCUGAUAGGGGAUGAAGAAAGCGAUAUCGACGACCGGCUGCAGGGUCACAUGCGCUAUACUGCCGCCCUCUUCGAGCUCUGCUCCCGUGGAGCUUCUAUCCGACAAGCUAUUGACGUCGAAAACGCUAUUCAAAAGCAAUUGCAGCACGAUGCCCUGUUACUUGAGAGUGGAAUGAGACCAGAGCUUAUCCCCAGUGUAGUAGGCCCGAUUUCCAGUGCUACCAACAGCAUUCUUAACGGACUGAAGUCGCUCUUCCUCGGUGUCGAGUCGUCAACCAAAGGGGCCGAAGGAGGCAACCCAGCGAUUGGCAAGGCUAUGGAACAGAUUACAACCAAAAUCGGUGACUCUUCUUCUCGCUUGGCAAAGUUGGAGGAAGAACACUCAGAUUUUGAGAGGUCCUUGGCCUCGGAGUAUGCCUUCUACGAGAAGCAGCAAAGUAAUGAAAUCCUAACUACCAUUCGACUGUACGUGACGAUACAGCUGCAGGUUGCAGAACGGUGUCGUCGGAUGUGGGAGCGCGCCCACUCUGCAAUUCUCAAUGCCGUGCAGAGCAAUUCUUAUCAUUUGAAAUGCAAUGCAAAUUCGUCCCAUGCAGCAUUUGUAAAGGAGAUGUAA